ACAGACUUUACGAGCGAGCGGUAUGUGGUCUAGAAUUCUAUUUUUCGUAGGACUCUUUAGUCUAGCUCUGGGCCUCGAGCAAGUGCGUUAUGAUAACUACAAGGUCUACAAUGUAAGGAUCGACGAUGUGGAGCACUACCAGUUGCUGAGUGGUCAGGAAAAGGCCUUCGAACUCAACAGUUGGCGCGAGGCUCGUCAUCCGGGAGAUUCCUCGGACGUGAUGCUACCCCCGCAGUACCAGGAGGCCUUUGAGGAUCUUUUGAACAAAUACAACUUUACGUAUAAGCUCAAGAUCGAUGAUGUCCAGCCCCACAUCGAUGCCCAGAGACCCAAAAAGCGAACUGGGUAUAUGGAAUGGACUCAGUUUCAUACCCUGGAAGAAAUCUACACCUGGCUGGAUUUGAUAGAACAACGCUAUUCGGAUAUAGUCACACCCUUCACCAUUGGAAACUCGUACGAAGGAAGACCAAUAAGGGGUAUCAAAAUCUCAUUUAAAGAAGGAAAUCCCGCCGUGUUCAUUGAGUCCAAUAUUCAUGCCCGCGAAUGGAUUACCUCUUCGACGAUCACAUACUUCAUUGAUGAGCUCCUGGUACCCCGCAAUCCUGGAGUCAGGGAUAUUGCCCAAAAUGUAGACUGGUACAUUAUUCCGGUUCUGAAUGUCGAUGGCUUCUCGUACUCACACGAAGUGGCCCGCCUCUGGCGCAAGUCGCGAUUGCCCUCGGAUCCCACUGGAGAAUGCAUUGGAACCGAUCUGAAUCGCAACUUUGACUUUCUAUGGAUGUUGACUGGCGCCAGUGACGAUCCAUGUUCUGAAACAUAUGCCGGGCCUUCAGCAGAAUCUGAUCCAGAAAUCCAUCAACUCACUUCGUACCUCAACAACUCGAUUCCAGAAGGUACUAUCAAGAUCUACAUAUCUCUGCACUCCUAUGGACAGUAUGUUCUCUCCCCAUGGGGUCACACCGCUGAGGAAUUCCCGGAGCACUAUCCCCAAAUGAUGCAUGUGGCCAAGGGCUUUUCCGAUGCUCUUUACAGGAGAUAUGGCACCGUCUUUACCUAUGGAUCAAGUGCCACAACUUUAUAUGAAGUUUCUGGUUCGGGUAAGGAGUGGGCAUACGCUGUAAAAGGAAUUAAAAUUCCCUACACCAUCGAACUGAGGGACAAAGGCCAAUUAGGCUUUGUUCUGCCACCCGAGGAUAUUAUUCCUGUGGCCCGCGAGGUGACCGAGGGAUUUGUUGGCAUGAUAGCUGCUGCCCGGGAAGUAGAUAUUCUAUAGAUUGAAUAUACAG